AUGGGAGUUAUACUGAAAUCAACAGUGUUUCGAUUUGUGAAGUGUUGUCAGUUGCAUCUUCCGCCUCUUUGUCAAUUGAAUACAUCCACCAGUCGGAUAUUCAUCUUGGAGUCAAAUGAUAUCUAUCGAAAUUUGGCUUUCGAAGCAUGUCUGUAUCAAGAAGGGGAAAAAAAACUCCACUCUUUUAAUGAUGAUACACCAUCAUUUUUCACAAAUAUUCUGCUAUGGCGUAGUAGUCCGUGUAUUGUAAUUGGUCGAUUUCAAAAUGCUUGGAAAGAGACGAGUACUUCACUGCUUCGUUCUAAUGCUUGGAAGUUGGCUAGGCGUCAUUCUGGUGGUGGUGCUGUUUAUCAUGAUCUUGGUAAUUUGAAUAUAUCAUUUAUGCAGCCUAGACAUUAUAUGGAUAGACGGAAAUGUAUGGAGUUUCUUCAGUCUGUUCUACAACCGCUGAUACCUUCAAAUUGUGUGAUACAUGUUGGUGAGAGGUAUGAUUUAUGGAUUUCAGAACGGCGGACCGGUGUAACCGGUUCAGAGGAUAAACUGAAGAUAUCUGGCUCUUCAUCGAAACUUGGCGCCAAUAUGGCAUAUCAUCAUUGUACAUUACUUUUUGAUGCUAAUUUAAACAAUUUAUCUGAAGUAUUGAAACCGACUUUUGCAAAUAUACAUACCAAGGCAACUGAUAGUAUUCGAAGUUCUGUGAAAAAUCUGAACUUGGAUUUUGAACUUCUUCAAGAUGUAAUAAUAGAGAAUAGUUUAAAAUGGAUAUCUAAGAAUGAUUCAGUUACACCUCGUCCUACUGUGAUAAAUAUCCCUGAGGGCGAAGAAUAUCAUUUUAUCCUUUCGAAAGAAAAUUUCGAAAAAGAAUUGACUACUUUACGUUCUUGGUCAUGGAUAUAUGGUAGUUCACCAGCAUUUCAGUUAUCCCUAGAGGAUUAUGAACCUGAUUUACAUUCUAUUACUAGUCAGUAUGGUUCAGUUGUAAUGCAGUGUGGUCGUGGUGGUAUUUUUAAUUGUGUUACACUUGUUGAUUCUCUCGAGCAAAGUUCCAAUUCAUUGACAGAGUUUUUAUCCGAAGUGACUACGUGCCUUGAAGGUGCAGAGUGUCGUCCAAAUUCAUGGGAUUUUGUGCUUGAUGAACUAUUGUCAAGGAAAUCAAUGCAACUGACUUGUGAAAAUAUUCCCAGCGAACAACUCUUAAUCAUUAAAGCUUUAAAACUAAUUUCUAGCCAAUUUUAA